AAGAAACGAGGAAGAUUUUUUCUUUGCCUUUGAGGUUGAUUUUGAAGGUUCAUUGGUCAGUUUUUUUGGAGGGACAAGAAGAUGAAGGAAGAUUAUUGUUUAUUUGGUGACUUGAUUGUGCAUGAUACAACAUAUCGUACAAACAAAUAUGAAAUGAUUUGUGGGCCAUUUGUUGGGGUUAACAACCACACUCAUAACUGUAUGUUUGGUUGUGGGUUUUUAUUGAAUGAAAGAAUUGAAUCUUUUGAAUGGUUGUUUCACACUUUUCUAGAAGCAAUGGGUGGGUUGCAUCCUAAGACUAUUAUGACUGACAAGUCUUUUGCAAUGUCUUCUGCAAUUUCUUCAGUAUUCCCUAAUUCCAAACAUCGUCUAUGUGUAUGGCACAUUUCUGAAAAUUCCAAGAAGCAUAUAAGGGAUUUGAGGAACCAGGAUGGUUUUUUGGAUCUUUUCGAUCAUGUUCUGAAACUUUGUCAUAUCAUUCCUGAGUUUGACUAUUACUGGAAUAGGUUGGUUACAGAGUAUUCGUGUAUGAAUAAUGAUUGGUUAAAGAAGCUUUAUAACCUUCGAGAGAAGUGGUGCCCAACAUUUUCAAAGGAUUUCUUCUCUGUUGGUAUUUUGUCUUCCCAACGUAGUGAGUCAACCAAUCCUGCCUUGUCUAGGAAAGUAAGUGCAACUGCUACUCUAUGUGAUUUUUAUCAUUUCUUCUGUGAAACUAUGCAAAGGAAAGUUCACAAAGUUUUGUCUUCGAGUGAUUCCAAUGAAGUAGCUAGGGCUUUGUGUGAGGAAGCAUUUAACAAGUUGAAAGUCGAUGUUGAAGCUCAUGUUGGCAGCAUUUAUUUUUCUGAUACUGAUUCACCUCAUAAUGGAGAAGUUCAGAUCAGUAAUCCAAAGGGUUCGAGGAAUAAGGGAGAAAGGAAUGUUAGGCGGAAAAGUGUUAGAGAAAAGAAGACUAAUCAAGCUAGAGGCCGAAAACAAGCUAUCCACCGGAGUGCUUCUACAUGUUCUGCAGAACUUCCAAGUUCAAUGGUUUGUUCUUCAUUGUUAGAUACAUGAAUUAUGAUUUGUUCACUUUUUACCUUAAAUGUUGAAAUGUUUGAGUAUACCAGGGUGGAAAUAUUUAUCGGCAAUGAAUUGGAAAUGUUCAC